AUGGCAUUCGACAAGCCAAAAAGACAUUGGAUUAUUCCACAAGAGUGCCUUUCUCCAGUGGAUCUAGUCCUUGGGAGCAUACUCAAAUACCCCAAUGACCCGAUUGAUAUACUCAACCGAAAAGAAGUCGAGCCAAUUGACCCCUCGGCCAUUGUCAGCGAACGGGAGCAAGUCACCAAGAGCUUCACCGAUGCGUUGGAUGCUGGCUUCGGCUCCAAGAUUGGAGCAUCAUCUGUUCUCGCUGCUGUACUGGGCGCCUCUCCAUUCAUCGAAGGAAAUUGGUCCAAAACCACAUCCUUCACCAUUGAGGCGAAAAAUGUUCGAGCGCAGCAUUUUAUCCCAUCAAAGUCUUAUGUUGACAAGGCACUGCGUACGCAGCAAGUCGAUAGCUUUGUUCGCAAUUCCUUGUUUAGUGCUCCAGUCUACAUGGUAGUCGGAAUCAGUGUCGCAAAGACUGUAUCACGUACAGCAGAACGAUCUCACGAUAGAGGCGGAGGUGCAGGUAUGGGAAUAGGGCCGCCAGGCACAGGAGUCGAGGUUUCUGCAGAAUUGACAGCAAACCAUGGGGCUCAAUCAACCUACUAUGACUUGGUUGAGGAUGAGGUCGUUCUGGCAUAUCGUUUGCGAAGAUUUCGCUACUCCAAAAGGAAGGAUGAGUUCAGGAGGGCGAAGCAAGAUGAGACCAAGCAUACUCGCUACACCGUGGAAAAGUUACUGAGAUCUAAGGUUGACGAUGAAGAGGAUGAUGACGAUGAUGACGAUGAUGACGACACUUACGUUCCUACCUUUUCUUACUUUGAAGGAGAUGAUAUUGUCGCUUCGGAUGUGGAAAUGGCAGGGUUUACGGAAGGAACUGAUGAGGGAGAUUUCGAUGCCUGA